GGUCGCCCCAGCCUCCAGUCCCUCAAUCAUCCUGGUAGAAGCCCCUUCUGUUAGUCUCUCCAGCUGCCUUCUAUCUCAAUUUUGACAAGUCUGACGCCAAAAGAUCCCCCUCACUAAAGCCUUACCAAACUGCCCGUCCAGCGAGAAGUCAGCCCCGAGGAGUCAACUUCCACAAACUUCCAAGAUGUCGUCAGCGGGUGACCGAGCCAUUCUCAACUCCAUCUUCAACCCUCUGCUGCCCGUGGGGGAGUGUGUCUACGAGGAGGAUAUACCGCAGGAACUUCAAGAUUAUGAAGAUAUAUCUCCAGAAAAUGAGGAGGCCAAAGAUCUUGAAGUCAAAGGCGUAAAAGCAGCAGAAGCAGGUAAUGUAGAGGCUGCUGUGGGAUUCUUCAACCAAGCAAUCGAGAUAGCCCCUGCACGAGCCUCAGGAUAUAACAACAGAGCACAGGCAUUCAGACUUCAAGGGAAGGUGGAAGAGGCAAUGACAGACAUAAACACUGCUGUGCAGCUCUCCCAAGGCAAGGGUCGAGCGGCAUGUCAAGCUUACACUCAGAGAGCCAUGAUCCACCGCCUCCAUGGUAAUGAUGACCAGGCUCGCCAGGAUUUCCAGGCUGCUGGAAAUUUAGGUUCAGAGUUUGCUAAAGCACAGCUCGUACAAAUGAAUCCCUAUGCUGCUCUGUGUAACAAAAUGCUCCAUGAUGUUAUCGGUAAGCUGCAGCGUGGUGAAUGUGCAGGCAUAUGAAAGAUAAAGAUACAAGAUUUAACACGUCUGGGAAUAAUGCAGGUGCUACACAAUGUAAAAUUUUGUGACUAUUGCAAGCAAAACUGUACGACACUUUUAUGAUAAUUAUAGGCACCCAGUUUUUAAACAAUAAUUCUGACGUGAUUUAACUAAUACUGUAAGUUUGAUCACAGAUUUUGGCAAUGUUAAGACAAAUUUCUUUGAGCUUUUAAAUUACAAUACUUUGAAUAAUAUAGAAAAUGGGUACUGUAUUGUAAACCUUAUUACCCUGUUACUAAUUUGUAUAUACUGUGAGUAAACUGUAAAGUGUUUACUUUUAUAUUGAUGGUGACAUUGAGCCUCUUUCUUAAUGUAAAGAUCUUUUUCUUUUUUUUUAAAUAUAAAGGGAAGAUUGUAGUAUUGCCAUUGCUGUAUAUAAAUUUUACUUUGUAAUAAACUAUUUUACCAUUUGUCAAA